CAGACAGAGCGAGCACAGUUCACGUCGUUCAAUAAAAUAUCCGUCAAAAGGAAGAUCUCCUCGCCAGUUUUUCUUGUAGCUGAAACCCUCUGAUGCCAUCUCUGCUUUAUCUAUUUCCUGAAACGAAUCCUUACGUCUCCAUCCUUGUAAUCCGUGUGUUAUCAUCCUCGCGCCGCUAAUGUGUUGCUGCGUGUUACGACAUGAAUGUGGCACAAUGAUGGUCUUCUUGGAUGUCGGUUGACAUUGAGACAUUCCAACGAGUCCGUGUCGUGGAAGACCACCGUCUGAUUCUUCCUCUUCUUGUUCUGGUGUUGUAUCGGGAUCUCCCUGUCAUUUUUCCUGCAGAUUUUUCGUAGUCCUAUCGCGCUUCUGUGCCACGGUCCCCUCUGAUCCGCCUACACCGCCCGCCGGCCACCGCGCUUGAUCCGUGUGUCGGGGCGGAUCCGGGGGCGCUGAUUUAGGAUGCGAUUGCCCCCCGUCUCGGUACCGUGUAUCUCGCCCGUCUUCAUCUCGUCGGCCCUGUCCUCCUCCGCCUCCGCCGCUGCCCAGGCGGCUGUCCAUGUCCCGCUGAAUCUGGCCAGCGCCGCCGUCGCCUCCAUGUCGUCCUCCCUCUCCUCCAGCGCCUCCUCCACCGCCUCCGCCGUGGUCAGCCAGCAGCAUCUCGCCCAUGUCGCCGCCGGGCACAACGGCCUGGCCAGUCCGCUGGCGCUGCAUCUGCAGCAGAACGGCACGAAUCAGCCGGGGAAUAAGCAUGUUGUCGGGCUGCCGCAUGCGCGGCUGGCCAUGCAGAGCGCCCAGUCGCCCGAUGCCAUGGGCUACGGACAGAAUGCCGCGUCGAAUCAGGGCAGCGCGCACGGCCACCCGGGUAACGCGUCAGCCGCCGGCGGUGGCGGCCAGCGGGAGCUCGACGGAGAGCUACGGGAUCAAGGAAGUGUUCUCGUAUAAUCUGGAGGAAGAGAUGCGCAAGAUCAACAAACUGAUGAAGAAGUAUCCCUACGUGGCCAUCGACACGGAGUUCCCGGGGGUGGUGGCGCGGCCCUGCGGCGUCUUCAACACCAACUCGGACUACGAGUACGCCCUGUUCAAGGUCAACGUCGACCUCAUGAAGAUCAUCCAGCUGGGCCUCAGCUUCUUCAACGAGGCUGGCCAGCAGCCCACGCCCAUCCACACGUGGCAGUUUAAUUUCCGCUUCAAUCUCGCCGAGGAGAUGUAUGCCCAGGACUCGAUUAAACUGCUAAUGCACUCGGGCAUCCAGUUCUCCCUCCACGAACAAAUGGGCAUCGAGCCGGACCAUUUCGCUGAGCGCCUGAUCACCUCCAACAUCCUGUGCAACGACCACGUGCGCUUCCUAACAUUCCACAGCGCCUACGACUUUGGCUAUCUCCUCAAGGUCCUGGAAGGCACGGACUGUCUGCCGCGCAACGAAUCCUCCUUCCUGGAGAAGCUGAAGAUGUACUUCCCGCAUAUCUACGACAUCAAGCACAUGAUCCGUGAUCAGCGCAGUCUGAAGGGCGGCCUGCAGGAUCUGGCCAAUCAGUUCCAGUUGGCGCGGGUGGGCGCCCAGCACCAGGCGGGGAGUGAUAGCGCGCUGACGGGGGCGCUGUUUUUUCGCUUGAAGGACGAGGUGUUCCAUGGGAAGCUGGAUGAGUUUAGUGGGCGGUUGUUCGGGUUGACGGGGAAUUUUGGGGAUCGGGUGCACCAUCUGGAGAACGUGGUGAUUAAGGAGAAUAUUGGGAAGCCGGGCGCGGCCACCGCUAGUCCGGUCACAGGCAUUCUGCAAGCCCUGUCGGCCGUCCACGAAGAGCGCCAAGCGGAAGCCGAGGCCGCGGCCAAAUCGCACGGCAGCAGCGGCCUGACCGUGUCGACCAGCAGCGCCGGCGGUCCCUACCACCACUCACACUCAGCGCCCAUCCUCAACCACAACAACCACCCGGUCAACACCUUCACCUUCCUCACCAACGUCAACGUCCCGCACCGCUUCUACGAGGACCCGGCCGGGUAUAUGGUCACCACGACGACCUCCACGGGGGAAUACGUCGUCAGCAACGAUCCCUCCGUCAUCCACCAGCAGCAUCAGCAUGCGCAGUACGGGCACGCCCAGGGCGGCUACUAUGACGCCACCAACGGAUACGUCUGAAUUUCCCGCGGAUUUAUUCGAAAAAAUUAUUGGCGGAUUUAUUCGUGGAAAAAAUUGAAUUUUGCGGAUUUAUUCGGGAAAAAAUUGAAUUUUGCGGAUUUAUUCGGGGAAGAAAUCAUGAUUGCGUUGAAUUGUGUGGGAUUUAUCGGGGGAAAAUUAUUAUCGUGUCGAAGUUUGCGGGAAAAAUUAUUGUGUCGAUUUUUGCGGAUUUAUCCGGAGAAAGUUAUAAUUGCGGAAUUUCGGGGAUUUUUGUUGCGGAAUUUAUUGCGUUCUUAUUUCGUGAGAUAUCUGUCUAAAUCCAUCAGAAAUUUUGGCAGAAUAAAUUGGGUCUGAUUAACAUUCCGUGUGCGAGGAAGAGGAGGAGGCGGAGAAAUUUGGCAUCGUCGUCGAUUUUUGGUUGGUUGCGUCGCUCUCUCUUUCUCAUCUUUUUUUUGUCCGUGUUCACCGCCGGCCACCUCGGUUGUCCGAGGAAGAAAUCUGGUUUUCAUUGUGUUUUGUUUGGGUUCUUUCUUUGUUCCGUGUCAGAGAGAGGGAAAGACCGCUGUUCGGAUCAUUUGGGUGCGGGGGCCGGGUGGCGGCGCGUGAACGCUCGCGGGGUUCUUGUGUACAGAUUCUUGGAUGUUAUUUCAUUCAUGUCGGCGCUGGACGAAUAAAACGUUGUCUCAUUACACCAGCUUUGUG